AUGACAAUAUUUCGCAUAUUAGUAGGCAAACAAGAGGAGAAAGGAAAAAUGAAAAGUAAUUCUAAAUUUGCUAGAUAAAUAAAAACAUAAAAUGAAAACGGAUUAAGCAUGGUAUAUGGCGAUGCAUAUUUAGUUUACUAUCAGAUGCGUUAAACAAAUCAAUUUGAGUUUAAUGAACUAUAAUUUUAACCAAGCAAUUAUUAUUGA